AUGCCUCAUAUCACUCAAUCACCACUUUCUUCACCCUCUCUCCGAGCCAUCGCUCAUCCUCAACUCCGAACAUCGUACUUCCCACCUGUUCCCACGGCUCCUCACGCAUAUCACGGACGAGUUCCUCCUACCCCGCAUUCAUCCUUGAACGUUGUCCAUCAUUCACCUCAACCGAAUCUCGGUUCGGGAUUGGUCGGAUGUCUGAAGCAUUCUCAACAUAUCUCUGGUAGACCUCUUCCAGUGAGGGAAGCAGAAUAUAUCGAUGUGGGACCUUAUCAUCGUGGAGAAGCUAUCAAACCAGCUAUGAAAUCUAUCAAUGGUAAUGAGAAGAGGAGAUCAUCUUUGAAAAUAUCACAAAUCCCUAUUGGUCACUCGCACAUCCUAGCUCAUAAUGUUUCUUCUCCUGGACAUAGAGGUUUACAUACAUCUUCUACUCAACAGGCUCGAAUGGUCGAAGAUGCAAUCGCUCACAGUAAUCAGAAGAGAAGACCAUCAUUCAAAAUUGAAUUACCUCCUCGACCAAUCACCCAACAAUAUCUACAUCAAACUCAAGGAUCACAUCAACAACUCACUCCUCUCAAUUCUCAGCCUCACUCAGCUAUCAAUGUCAAUGCGGAUCUUCAUCAAAUCCCAUCAAACGGAUACAACUCUCCACCAAUCUUCCGAGAUCCAUUCACGGCUCAGAACAACGCAACGACUUAUGAUUAUCCAGCAGGAGGGUAUAUGAUCUUACGUGCUCCCACCAAAGUUCCUCAUAGAUUCAUGGACGAUUUCCCAUCUCCUACUUCUACACAUCCCCCCACACAGGAGGAGUUCGUAUAUGGUGUAGAAGGUAUUGGAUUAGGUUACUCGUUGAAUAAGAGAGUCGCUACGCCCUGGUUGAGAAGUAAGGGAGAUGAAGAAGAGUGGCUGAGAGCUGAUGAUCUCGAAGGUCUCGAGGGUGGGAGGGAUAUUGAAACGAGGGUAAGAGGAUUGGCCAUUGCAUAG